GAAAAAUCCCACUUCCGGAGUUGCGACUUUUUCCCGGAGUGAUUCCACAACGUGCUAGCGAUUUAUUUAUUUCCCCGUCUCGGGAAAAUAAAGAUAAGCUCCCUGCUGAAUCGUGCCUGCGCUAGCUUUCUCCUUCCGUAGCGAUAAUUCCGAGAACAAAAACGGCACUCCGGCAGAAGUGUAGUGACAAAUCCGUAGCCCGGCAAAAACGUCACUCCGGAGCCGAGUUUUUUGCUAGAGUGGUAAUUCAGUGGACUAGCGCUCCGCCUUUAGUUGGCCAACGGGAAGCAGAGUGAUGCUUCGUUGAACGAUCACAUCGGCAAAAAGGCCACCCCGGAAGUAAGACUUUUGCAGGAGUGGCAACUCAGCGGAACGUCAACACGAAGACCAG